AUGGAGGAUACAAGAGACCGAAUUUCCCAACUGCCAGAGCCAAUUUUGCAACACAUCUUGUCUUUCCUUGUUGUUAAAGAUGCUGCAAGAAUGUCUACACUGUCCAAGAUUUGGAACAGUGAAUGGAAUUCACUCUCCUACUUAGAUUUUGGUGAAGGUUUUUUCUAUGGGCCACAGGACAUGCGAAAUCUCUUGAAAGCUGUGACUCAAAUUCUAGUAAUUCGGCUAAAGCACAAGAUUUAUGUGGAAAAGUUUUGGCUGCGAUUACCCAAUUUGCGUCGGAGGAAGGCGUUGCGUAACAGUAUUUAUGAUGGAAAACAGUUACACAAUAAGUUGCCUGAGGUAAUCUUUGAUGCCAAAGCACUAAAUGUGCUUACUUUGGUUGGAUUUAAGAUUGAAUUACCCUCUCAUGGUACUGUAAAGUUAUCUUCUUUGCGAGAAUUGCACCUCCGUUAUGUAAUUUUGGACGACAAAUUUAUGCAUAAGCUGCCACAAUUUAGAGUUUUUGUAUUUGACGUGGUUUAA